GGCGUAGCUCGCAAACCCGGGAUACAAGUGGGGAUGGCGGCGUUGGCGGCGACUGCGGGCGGGCUGUUGAGGCUACGUGCGGCCGGGGCGGAAGGACAGUGGCGUCGGCUUCGAGGCGCGGGGCUGCUGCGGGGCUUGCUGCAGCCCGACUCGGCCACCGGGGUUGCGGCGCAGAGGAGGCAUGUGGCUCACUUCACUUUCCAGCCGGACCCGGAGCCCCAGGAGUAUGGGCAAACUCAGAAAAUGAAUCUUUUCCAGGCGAUAACAAGUGCCUUGGAUAACUCAUUGGCUAAAGAUCCUACUGCAGUAAUAUUUGGUGAAGAUGUCGCCUUUGGAGGAGUCUUUAGAUGUACGGUUGGCUUGCGAGACAAGUAUGGUAAAGAGAGAGUGAGAAAUCUCUCUCUCUCUCUCUCUCUCUCUUGUGAACAAGGAAUCGUUUCUCUCUCUCUCUCUCUCUCUCUCUCUGGGGCGACCGCUAUUGUCUCUCUCUCUCUCUCUCUCUCUCUUUUCCCUGCUUUCGAUCAGAUUGUCUCUCUCUCUCUCUCUCUCUCUCUUCGCUCUGGGGAUCUUUUUCUCUCUCUCUCUCUCUCUCUCUCUGCCCCUUGGGGCUCUGUGAUCAAAACAGGGCGACUGCUAAUCAGCCAUGAGGCUCCCUUGACAGGCGGCUUUGCGUCGGAGAUCAGCUCUACAGUUCAGGAAGAAUGUUUCCUGAACCUAGAGGCUCCUAUAUCAAGGGUGUGUGGGUAUGACACACCGUUUCCUCAUAUUUUCGAGCCAUUCUACAUCCCAGACAAAUGGAAAUGCUAUGAUGCCCUUCGAAAAAUGAUCAACUAUUGAUCAUAUUGAAAAACUGGAAGAUUGUGACUAGAUACAGAAAUAUUUUUCUGAAAAUUCUUUUUAUUUCCUCAGACUUCUCUCUUCUUGAAAAUAGAGUUUUUAUGAACUGAACCAUCAUGGAUAUUGGCUGAAAAUUUUUAAUUAGUUACUGUAUUAACACAUAUGAAUUGAUUUCCAUUAAGAGUGUCUGAUUAACUUUUUAAAAUGCUUCACUUGGUAGUCUUAUAAAUUCCAUUUAAUUACAUCUGUAAAUAUUGGGCAUGGGGUAGUAUUCAAUAAAGCAAAAUCAGA